GUUUGUUUACGACCCAGAACUUCCUGCCACCGAUUAGCUUUGUUCUUCCUCGUAAGCUAGUCUUUUUAAUUUACCUCCAAAUCGGUUUUUAAGAUGGGAUGCGAUGGCGGAACAAUUCCAAAAAGACACGAGUUGGUCAAAGGUCCCAAAAAAGUCGAGAAGGUUGAUAAAAAUGCUGAACUAGCUGCCAAGUGGAAGUACUGUGCGUUGAGUCAGGAGAAACUCAGACGUCCCAUUGUUGCCUGUGAACUGGGAAGGCUUUACAACAAAGAUGCUGUUAUUGAAUACCUUCUGGAUAAGACCGCUGAGAGACCCAAUUCUGAGGCUGUGACACACAUUCGUGGAAUCAAGGAUAUAAAGGAGCUCAACUUGACUGAUAACCCUGAAUGGGAGGGAGAAAGAAGAAAUGCAAAAGGAGACAAAUAUGAGGACAUCCACUGCGGCAUGUUCAUUUGUCCUGUUGUCGGUUUGGAGAUGAAUGGCAAGCACAGGUUCUGUUACUUGCAGACCUGUGGCUGUGUGUUUUCAGAGAGGGCCCUGAAGGAGGUCAAGACAGAAAUCUGCCACAAGUGUGGGGAUCCUUUUAAAGAAGAUGACCUUAUUGUCCUUAAUGGCUCAAAGGAAGAGGUUGAGAAGCUCAGAGAGAAGAUGGAGGAGAGGCGGGUAAAGGCAAAAACUAAGAAAACCAAGAAGAGCAAGGCAUCUGAAACCAAGUGCACAACCACAGAAUCAAAAGAAGAGCCACAGUCUGCAUCUGCAAAUGUAGCRGAGACAACAUCUCUGCAAAAUGGAAAUGAAGGCAGCCAAUCAGAUGUGGCCGGACCAUCCGGUGCCUCCACUUCCUCUAAAGGCACUAAAUCGUCRACAGCCUCAGCUACCAAAAGAUCCAUCCAGGACAUGGAGGAAAAGUCUGAGGCUUUUAAAUCCCUCUUCACCUCACACAGCUCUGCCAAGCGCACCAAAGACCAGACGUCCAACUGGGUCACCCACACCCCGUAUCACUUCUAGUAUCCGUUCUUCAGGGCAAGGCCGCCAUUUUUUGUAGACCGCUCCAGAAAUUGAAUAAAGUAUAUGUAUAUUUACACACACCAUGUGCUMUUAACUUUUAAUAAAGUCACCAGUGUGUGGACUUAUUCUCAGUUGUCCUUCUCAAUUCCCAGUAGCUCAUAGGUCAUUGUUGUGAACAUUUUGUUAACUGCUCCCUAAACAGUUCAGACUGUGUUUGGUAACUUAAUGCGUCCCUCAUGUGUUCCCCCACACGUCUGCAUUGUCGUCCUGCGGUGACUUGAGAAUUGAUGCCGGGGUUUUGUUUAUCAUCUCUUCUGUUCCCUUGUGUCCGGAGCACAGCUCCUUCACAUGUUGGCUGGAUUACUAAGGCUAUUAAAAAUAAAUAUAAACAAAGAUUUUUGGAUUUAUUUUACACUUCAGUUGUAAAGGAAAACAUUGAAUUGUACUUUUGAAAAGUGGAGAUUUUUUUUUAGUAAUUGUUUAUAAUUAACGUGAACAAAUACUUCCUUUUCUCAAAAUUGUUUUUGCAUAACUUUGGUUUUAUUUUGGAAAAUGUAUUUAACAGAAUAUUUGAAUGUUUGAAAAGGUCUGUUUUUCCUUUAAAUUGUAAAACAAAUUUAAACACAGUGUUUUAUGUGCAUAAAUAAACACAAUACACACAGUUAAAACCAACAGUUGGAUGAUGGGAAGCAUAUUUUAACUCCGUUUUGAGCAUCACAGGUUUUAAUAUAUAUAUUGUUUGGAAACAGAGACCACUUUGUUUUAUCUGUUAAAAAAAGAAACACUUAUUUGAGCACCAGUAUAUGUGAAUAAAUACAUUUUCAUUUAUA